UUGAUGGUAAACUUCACCUCCCCAUUCCAACGAAAAAUUUUAAGAUGGGUGAGGCACAACCUAACAAUAAUUGUGUGAGAGUCCAUUUGCAUAUUUUUACCUGCCCAGCCUCUCUUCUUUUUCAUAUUCUUCAUCGUAAAAUUUUUCGUUGACAACUAGUCAACCUCUAACUUUUCGUUAUCCACUUCGUCCUAGCCUAAUAACUCCCACAUAGUGUUAUGUUUCCCCUUUGAUAUUUGAUUUUGGAAGUUGAAAAUUAAAACAAGAGGGAGGAAUGUAUAUUUUCCCAAGGAUAAGGACAGUCGUAUUAGUGAUGUUCUUAUUUUCAGUUGAUUAUGCUGAUUCCAGGUGCACAGAGGGCUGUGCCUUAGCUUUAGCUUCAUAUAAUGCUGAGAUACCUGAUCCGAACCUUAGUUUCAUAACCGAGCUCUUCUCAAACAUAUCUAUCCCUGAAAUCCUUCGCCAUAACCCUGAUCGCAAGCUUGAAGGCGAAUACCGGAUUAACGUACCCUUCUCCUGUGACUGCCUUAAUAAUGGCGACUACUUGGGCCAUGUCUUUACAUACCCUGUUUACUCUGAGUGCAGUUAUGAUUCUGUAGCGUCCGACUAUGCCAAUUUGGUAACUGGAGAGUGGUUGAUGAGGGUUAACAAUUACCCGGAAAUGACAACCUUGAACGUCAUAGUGAAUUGCUCCUGUGGGAACGAACUUGUGUCCAGGGAUUAUAGUUUGUUCCUCACGUAUCCAAUGUUUCCAGGGGAAAAUUUGACGUCAAUCGCCAAAGCGACAAAAACAACUUCCCAAUUGAUCCAAAUGUACAAUCCAGGCGUGAAUUUCAGUGCUGGCACUGGCCUGCUCUACAUUCCAGCCAGGGAUAAACUUGGGAACUAUCCACCUAUGCCAACCAGCAAAGGCUCAUCAGGUAAAUCAUUUGCUGGAGUGGCAGUAGCAUCACUAGUUGUACUAGCUGGAGUUACAUUACUCAUAUGCAUCAUUUACGUGGGAUUUUAUAGAAAGAAGGUACAAAAGGCUAUGCCACACAUCUCAGCAUCUGCUGAUCAAUCGCAACUAUCUGGUCAGGGCCUUUUGGGCAUAGCUGUGGACAAAUCUGCGGAGUUCUCAUACAAAGAACUUGCUGAAUCGACUAAUGGCUUUUGCAUUUCUAAUAAGAUUGGAGAAGGUGGCUUUGGAACUGUUUAUUACGCUGAGCUGAGAGGAAAGGCAACAGCAAUAAAGCAAAUGAAUAAGCAAGCAAAAACUGAAUUUCUUGCUGAACUGAAAAUUUUGACGCGUGUUCAUCACCUGAACCUGGUGUGCUUGAUAGGAUAUUGUGUUGACAGGUAUCUCUUCCUUGUAUAUGAGUUCAUUGACAAUGGUAAUCUAAGCCAACAUCUACGUGGGAGGGACACGCUACCAUGGUCAACGAGGGUGCAAAUUGCACUAGAUUCUGCCAGAGGUCUCGAAUAUAUACAUGAACACACAGUUCCUGUCUAUAUCCAUCGUGAUAUUAAAUCAGCAAAUAUCCUGAUAGACAAAAACUUCCAUGCAAAGGUUGGAGAUUUUGGCUUAACGAAACUGGUUGAAAAUGGAAAUUCAACUAUACCUACACGUUUUAUGGGCACAUUUGGGUAUAUGCCACCUGAGUAUGGUCAUUCAGGAAUUAUCUCACCUAAAAUAGAUGUCUAUGCUUUUGGCGUUGUCCUGUAUGAAUUAAUUUCGUCCAAGGAAGCGGUAGUCAAGGAAGAUGGUGUAGAUGAAGCAAGAAGCCUUGUGGCUUUGUUUGGAGAAGCUCAUAAUCACCCAAAUCCAAUUGAAGGCAUUUCCAGAUUAAUAGACCCGAAACUAGAGGAUAACUACCCCUUUGAUUCAGUCCACAAGAUGGUACAGAUUGCUAAAGCUUGUACAGAGAAAGAUCAUGCAAUGCGGCCGACUAUGAGAUCAGUAGUGGUUGCACUUAUGGCACUCUCAUCAUCAACAGAAGAUUGAUAAUUUGAUGUUCUUGUUUGGUCCUUGAGUGUUUCAUCGAUAAUUUUUUCUUGAAAUCAAGAGCUUAGUUCCAACUUCUGUAAAAUUACUUUUCCUAUUCAGAUCACUUUCCAGUGGGUAUUCAUAAAGAGUCACGGACUCGUUUCAGAAAGUUGUUAACACUACUGAUAUUUUUUUUGAUUUUUGAACUGCUACUCUCAUGGUCAUAACAUGAAGAUAAAGAUCUUCAAGGUA